AAUCAACAAAACUUAUCUCUCUCUCUCUUUCUUUCUGCGUCUGUGGUACUUGUUAAAAAUUUGUUCUUUUCAUAGAAACCCGUAAAGGGUUGUAAGUCUUCUCCAUGGUUCUGGUUUUCUUCGUCUUGUUUUCAGCUUCUUUGUUUCUUUAAGACAAAGAGGGACCAAAUGAUGGCAAAAGUUUAUAAUGUAGUUUGUUCACUGAAUAUUUAAGACAUGAAAAACAAAAUUUUCACAUUUGGGUAUGUUGCAAAUUGCUGCAUUCUAUAAAACUCUAGGCUAAUUAUUGGAUCUGCAUUUGGGGUACAAUAACCUUUCACAAAAGGUUGAACUUUGAUGAUUUUGUGAGGACCCAUAUGAAGAAUUUGUGUGGGCAUAAACAAAUUUCUAACAGUGGCAAGUUAGGGAGAAGGCUUUCGCUUGGUGAGUACAACCGAGCAGUGUCAUGGUCUAAGUAUCUCGUCUCUUCUGGGGCUGCCAUAAAGGGAGAAGGAGAAGAGGAAUGGAGUGCUGAUAUGUCUCAGUUGUUCUUUGGAUCCAAAUUUGCUUCUGGAAGACAUAGCAGAAUCUACAGAGGUGUUUAUAAACAAAAGGAUGUGGCAAUUAAGCUUGUGAGUCAACCUGAGGAGGAUGAGGACUUGGCUGCUUUUCUUGAGAAGCAAUUCACUUCUGAAGUUUCUUUGCUCCUUCACUUGCGCCACCCAAAUAUCAUUACUUUUAUUGCUGCUUGCAAGAAACCUCCAGUCUUUUGCAUAAUUACUGAAUAUUUGGCUGGGGGUUCACUGGGAAAAUUCCUGCAUCACAAUCGACCGCGUUUGCUUCCACUCAAACUUGUUCUGAAAUUAGCCCUUGACAUUGCAAGGGGAAUGCAAUAUCUUCAUACUCAGGGGAUACUUCAUAGGGAUCUCAAAUCAGAGAAUCUCCUUCUGGGGGAAGAUAUGUGUGUGAAAGUAGCAGAUUUUGGUAUCUCAUGCUUAGAAUCUCAAUGUGGCAGUGCAAAAGGAUUCACUGGAACUUACCGUUGGAUGGCGCCUGAAAUGAUCAAAGAAAAGCAGCAUACCAAGAAAGUAGAUGUCUAUAGUUUUGGCAUAGUUCUAUGGGAACUAUUAACGGGACGAACACCAUUUGACAAUAUGACAGCAGAGCAGGCAGCAUUUGCAGUUUCCCACAAGAACGCAAGACCACCAAUGCCAGCUGAGUGUCCUUGGGCAUUUCGUGAUCUGAUAAAUAGAUGCUGGUCAAGCAACCCAGAUAAAAGGCCACAUUUUGAUGAGAUAGUUUCCAUUUUGGAGUACUAUAGCGAAUCACUCGAGCAGGAUCCAGACUUUUUCACAACAUACAAACCGAGUCCUUCUCCAAGUAGUACUAAUGCAAUUUUGGGAUGCCUCCCAAAAUGCAAUUCUCGCAAUAAAUUUGGUACUUGCAAAGCUUAGUAAUAGAUGCUACUUGUGAAGCAAUAGGUGUUUUUCAAUUGUGUGACGUGGAGAAUUGUGUUAUACUCAAUCCCAUGAUCCAAAAAUAUGUUCCAGACUUCCUUUUA